GAACCCGGACCACCCGAUGCAGAUUCCCAACAACCCCGUACUUCGAACCGGUUCCUGGCCCUCCUUCCCCUAGGUCGACUCAGCCUUAAAAGAGUACCCGGUUGGCGUUGCGUAAUCCCCCGACGGCACUGCGGGAGACAAAUGCGACCGGGCGUGGUUGGUUGGUUGUGGAUGUCGACCCACCACCCUCUGCACAGGCGCUCUCACUGCCAGCCACGUGGCCCCAAUCGAUCUGUUGAAGGCUCCACGGGCGAGCCGUGGUGCCGCUGUUGCGACCGAUCCCUCUCGUUGGAACCCGACGGCUGUGCGGUCCGGUUGUUUUGCCUCGUUGGAGACUGGCGUCCAUUCAACUGUUAUUCCACACCACCCCCUUAUUCCGUGCCCCGGCUAAAGUCCCAGCGAAAUGUGAUGCAAUAGUUGGGGUAUUACACCACCACCACCAACAACUUCAACAACAUCACCACCACCAACCAACCACCAUCCCCCCCCACACACACACCACACACUGCCCGGGGCACGCAACACCGUCAGCUAAAGCGAGCCACGCAGCAACCUCGUGGGGGCGAGGCUGUUACUGCUGCUCCUUUGCGCUAUCUCGCAAAAGUGUGCGUAACACCAUUCUGAGUUAUCUUCGUGUGUCAACCAUCCCAGCGUAAACCUCGCUCGCCGUCACGGGGCAAUCAUUCGAACGGUAUUUGUAUUCUCGCAAAGCCUUCGGGAGAAGUCGACACGGAGCAUGCCGUACAUCUUGAUAAGCACACAGAUAAGGCUGGAAUCGGGGCCAACGACGGUUGGUGAUGAACUCUCGGAUCCUGAACUCAUGGAAUUCCUGGGAGCCCAGAAGGUCACGGAGCUGGGAAACAACUUUUCUGAGUACCGCGUGCAGACGAUGCCACGCAUCGUUCUGGACAAGCUCGCGUCGCGUGGGUACAACGUCGUCUCCAUGUGUGGCGUCGGACAAACGCUCAUCUGGUGUCUCUACAAACCAUGAGGGCACGCGGUUCAAGUCAGCGCUGGGCCGGCAAGCCAACCCCGGCACUCCCCGGCCAUGGAUAGAUCCACCACAAUUUGUUUUUUUUUUGGAGGGCGAAAGAAAACUGGCCCUGUUUGCCGGCAUCACGGUCCAAAUUUGAUCAAUCACUUGCAGAUUACUUAAUUUGGAAAAAAAAUCACGUAGAAAGAUCGCUCCCUACUGACAAAUGAAUGCAAACUUACAGGCCGAUUCUGCCUUCCCCGUUUAGCCGCACAGGGACAGCUGCCACUCGGUUUCCCCUUGGCUAAACUGCAGCAGGGCAUUGGAAUGGUUGAGAUGAGAUGUAUGUCUAUAUGUUGAAACUUAUUUCGCACCAUACAUAGCUAACCGUGCUAAUCGGAGGGGAAGGACAACAAACUAAACACAUUUUUAAUGUAAGUUGCUUUGCUUUGCUGAGACAUUUUAGCAAGCGCCCUGUAAAUGCCAAUUCUUACAAAUACAUAAUUCCUUUGUUUCCACUGUGCUGCUGAUCAUGGUCAUGAGUUGUGAAUUUUUGUGCGAUCUUGACUUUGGCAUUCACAUUGAAAAAAAAAAACCCCACGUCAUUCUUUUAAAGUUGUUUUUCUGUGUGAUUCUUUUUUUUACGUUCACCACCCCCUCCAAAAUUAGAUUCCAGUUGUGCUAUCGGAAUCACUUCAUGAGACAAAAGACAUUUACAGUUGUAACUCUGCAGGUUGGGGUGCAUCACUCUGUGUUAGCAAACGGCCCUGGUAAGAAGACCUCGCAACUACCCCCUUAAGGUAAUUUCCAAGUUGGCCUCUUUAUCCACACUCAUAUAUUCCACGCAAGGAGUAAUCUUAUCAUGGCAAUUAAAGCUGGAAUUUAGCCACGUUUCUAUUGUGGGCAUUGGCGAAUGGCCUGAGACCAUUAACUCACUACACUAGAGCACUCACAGGUUGCGUGGUUUCACGAGACAAGGCAGGUUCAGCCUCGAGUUCUCUGUUGCGUUUGGCCGUGCAAGGCCGUUAUAUCCAAUAGGCACAGUAGGCAUUGUGCCUAGGGCCUACGGAAAACUGAAGGACCCACGAAAAAGAUGUUUACCAUGUUUUGUUUGUGUGUAUAUUCAAAAUUGUAACCCAAGCUAUAAUAUUGAGUAAAUAUAUUUAUAUAGCAAGGAUAGGCACAGUGUAUAUACAAAGAGGCAGAGUCAUGUCAAUCGUUUUUUUCACAAGGUGAGAAAUUAACAACUGGAGACGAAUUUAAGAGUUUUUUUUUCAUUCCAAAAUUUGCAAUAACAGCUUCCAAUGGUGUUUUUCGCACAAUCCUAUUCUCAGUAGACAGUAGUACACGGAAAGACAAGCGUUGUUGUCCUAUAUUUAAUCGGAGAGUUUAAGAAAAAAAACUUUAGCAAGUGACAGCGGCGGUAGCAACAUGAGGCAGCAGCAGUACCAGCUGUAGAGAAUGAUCACUGAAGGUCUACGAAACAGAAGUGCCUCGGGCCUACAAGUACAUUAAUCCGACCCUGAGUGCGUGUUAAACACUAAGAAAAGUACGACCCUCAUCAGCAGUCAACCGAGUAGGUUACCUCCCAUGUAAUGUGACAUUAACACCGAUAGCCACUGGUUGUGUGCGAAUAUAAUUUUCACCACGUGUGUUGCGGUAUAACUGUUCAAGCUCGUACAGAGCGAAAUCUGUGGGGGGUCUCUUCCCCCCCUCCCAUUUCUACGUAAGUGCGCAAAAAAUGCAUCGCUGUGCAGAAACAGUGAGAAAGCGUUGGUCGAUAGGUCGGCCGGUCAUUCGCAGAAGAAUGUUAAGGAUGACGUUGAGGCUAGACUUGAACAGGAGCAGGGAGUCGACAGCACGGACGGCUGGGGUGGGGGAGGGACAUUACAGACAAUGAGGGUAGCAGAGGAGGAGAAUAAGCGAGUCUCAAUUUGUGCUUCGUUUACUGCCGUGCAGGCGUCAACCCUCUCGGACCGAUCAUGUCGCAACAACUUUUGUGUUAUAAUUUUCAAGUGAUAAUACAUCUGAAAUAUUUCUGCAUGAAAGACUUUAAUAGUACCCUACAAA